AUGAAAAUACCAGCAACAUUCAGUGAAUGGUUUGAAGAAUACGAUCAUAAAGAAAUAACUGAUGCAAUUAAAGAAUCUAAAUACAGCAACAGUAUGAAAUGGGAAGGGGACAAGUUGCGCAUCACACAAGCAUUAUUUGACAGCUUUUUCCAACCUGCAUGUGCAGGAAUUAUUGAUCAUGUUAACCAUCUGUUGGAGAAACCAAAUGUGAGAGGUACACAGACAAUAUUAAUGGUCGGUGGAUUUUCUGAAUCACUUAUACUACAAGCUCGUAUUCGUGCCGCAUUUCCCGAUUUCCGUGUUGUAGUUCCAAAUGAUGCCGGCUUGGCGGUUUUAAAAGGGGCAGUAUUAUUUGGUCAUAAUCCUCGCGUAAUUAUGGCAAGAGUCGCAAAAUAUACUUAUGGUUUUGCAUCAUUUGAGAAAUUUAAUCACAAAAUACAUAGUAAAGAAAAGAAGAUAUCAAUGAAUGGAAAAGAUUUUUGUAAAGAUAUAUUUGAUGUGCAUGUACGGAAAGGAGCUAGCCUUCAUAUCGACGAAGCACAAGCGAAACGACCGUACGAAGUCAAUCGUGAAGACCAGACUGAACUUGACUUAGAAUUAUAUGUGUCAUAUUCAGAUGAGGUACCGAAAUAUGUAACUGAUCCAGGAUGUCAUUAUUUAGGAACUCUAAAAGCCCAAGUCCCAAAACCCAAGAAAGGGACAAAACAUGGGGUUAAUGUACAGUUGAUAUUUGGCGGGACUGAACUCCGUGUUAAAGCAGAAAAUAUGUCUAAUGGGGACGUAACUAGUGCCGAAUUUAAUUUCCUUGGAGAAGAACCUUAG